AUGCCUCCUCGAAGCUCGUUGACGAGCUCCUUCUCUGUCACAGAUGCCAACAAUGAAGUGGUCUGUCCUUUGAAGAAUAACGAUGGUUCCAAUUGUCGCAAGCGAUGCCUGGGAGAAAAGCGCUAUCGAUCUAUGCAGGAGCACAUCCGGCGUGCGCAUCCGAAUCACUACAUCCCGAAGCUCCCGGCAACGGAAGAGAGCUUCCUGCUGAUGGUCAACAGCCCUCCUGAUAAUCAUGCACAUCUUUCUCCUCAAGAACCUGUUCAGCCCAGACGCCGUCAUGAUCUAGCGGAUAGAGACAUCUAUGUUGCCGAUGCCAGCUCCCCGGCCACCCCUCGAGCUCUAGAUGAACCCCACCCGGCUGCGGCUACAGCUGCAGUUGCCCUAGCUCAAUUGCACCACCAUCGUUUAGCUUCGGAUUGGGAUACAGAUAUGGAUACCCACUCAGAUACCGAUAUUACACAAGCUAGAAUGCGCUCGUCUAUUGAGCUUCCUUCGCUGCGUGACCACUUCAAGCAAGAAACUUUGCCUCCGUUUUCUUCGCCUCGUCCCAGGGGACUUCUUCCGUCUAUUCUCAAUCAUUCGCCACCCGGUCGCUCUUCUACCCUUCCCCCAAUUCAGCGCAAAGAAAAGCUUUCUCGGCCCCGCAAGUCGUCGAUCUCGCAAUCGGCCCGAAAACCCAAACAUGAACGACCUAGAACUAAGGAGUUCCUUCGACGACCGAGUCUUGGUGACCGUAAGGCGCUCUCUGCAGAGCCGCAGACUGCAGCUUGGGCACAGGGCAAGCGGUGGGAAGAUCUGAUUGAGGCGGCCACCUCAGCCACAGAAGCAGAUGAUGAACCUUAUUCCGAGGCUGGUCAUUCUCCGACGAUUGCUCCCCUUCUCGCAAAUGUGACUUCUGUCCCAUCUGGACCUGGCAAUCGGUCUUCGUUACCUCCAGCUUUCCAGCCAGGAGGGUUACCAUCACUCGGAUCACAGCUAAGCCAAUUUGGAUCGCAUCGCCCGUUCUAUGCUGCUUCGCCUCUACACAAAUCACUUACUCCCCCGCCAUACGAGGGUCAACGCAGUCGUGACAGUGAUCUAGAACCAUUCCCGUCAAUUGAAUCGUCUCUCGACUCCAUGUCCUCGGCAUCAGGAAAGAAUUUCUCAGCCUCUGGAAUUGCGCACUCCGUCAACUCUGACUCCAGUCCAGUCCUGAAUCUCAUCCCGCCAAUCUUGCAACGUCAGCAUCACCGGUUUUCCAACCCAACACCAGCCUCGUAUCGCAACAAAGAAAUUCAUAUAUACUGCGCUCAUUGCAAGCGACCCUGGGCUCUGAAUGAAUGCUUUGCCUGUACAGAGUGCAUCUGUGGAGUCUGUCGCGAAUGUGUUGGGAUGUUCAUAUCAAGUCCGCCGGCCUCAUUCCGCAGUCCAGCCAAUGGCCACAUGAACAGCUUCCAACCUCAGGGACCUACCAGCUAUCCUAGCGGUGCGCGAGGGUGUCCACGAUGCAGGAUAAUGGGAGGAAAGUGGAAAGCUUUUCAACUUGACUUCAAGUAA